AUGGGGCUCAACACCACUGAUUUGCCCUUCUACCUGACUGGCUUCCCAGGCAUGGAGAAGGCACAUCCUUGGAUUUCUAUUCCAUUACUGGUUGUCUACAUGUCCAUAAUUUUGGGCAAUGGCAUCCUUCUCUUUCUCAUCAGGGAUGACCAUAACCUUCACGAACCCAUGUACUAUUUCUUAGCUAUGCUGGCAACUACAGACCUUGGGGUGACUCUGACCACAAUGCCCACAGUGUUGGGGGUCCUGUGGAUAAAUCACAGGGAGAUUGGCCAUGGAGCGUGCUUCUCUCAGGCCUACUUUAUCCAUACUCUUUCUAUUGUGGAAUCAGGUGUCUUGCUUGCCAUGGCUUAUGACCGUUUCAUUGCCAUCCGCAACCCUCUGAGAUACACCUCUAUCCUUACCAACACUCGGGUGAUGAAGAUAGGAAUAGGAGUAUUGACAAGGGCUUCGCUGUCAAUUAUGCCAAUAAUUAUUAGACUUCACUGGUUUCCUUACUGCCGAUCCCAUGUACUCUCACAUGCUUUCUGUUUACACCAAGAUGUUAUCAAGUUAGCCUGUGCUGACAUCGCCUUCAACCGUCUCUACCCAGUUGUAGUUGUGUUUGCAAUGGUGUUAUUGGAUUUUCUCAUCAUCUUUUUCUCUUACAUUUUGAUACUCAAGACUGUCAUGGGCAUUGCUUCCGGGGAAGCGAGGGCCAAGGCCCUCAACACUUGUGUCUCCCACAUCUGCUGCAUCCUCGUCUUCUAUAUCACUGUAGUUGGUCUGACAUUUAUUCAUAGAUUUGGAAAGAAUGCUCCUCAUGUGGUCCACAUCACAAUGAGUUAUGUCUACUUUCUUUUUCCACCCUUUAUGAACCCUGUCAUAUACAGCAUUAAAACCAAGCAGAUACAGAGUGGUAUACUUCGUUUAUUUUCUCUUUCUCAUUCUAGAGCAUGA